CCCGGCGCGGCCCCACACCCCGCGGCGGCCCCGCAGCGCGGCCGCUUGCGAUGGCCGCUCGCGGCCGUGGGGACCAGCCCCUGCCCGAGCUUCCGCCAAACGCGGCGGGCAACCGCGCGAAGACGGUGAAGGAGCACAAGCGCAUCAACGCCCUGAACCUGGAGCCCGGCCUCUCCAAGUCCAACGACAGCCUGAGCAGCGUCCUCAGCGGCGUCAAGGAGGCGAACCGCGGCAACCUGAAGGACCCCGAGAGCAUCAAGAAGGAGUUCGAGUCGUCGCUGGCCAAGAUCAAGGAUCAGCAGACUCUGAAGGAGCAGAAGAAGGGAAAGACACCGACGCCUGGUGAGAAGCCCCA